GCAGCGAAAUGUCAUAAGAAUAAUGUCAAAACAAAUCGCCCGGUCUUAGAUAAUAUUUGGUGUUGCAUCUCGAACCAGAACGGGCACAAAAUAGAAGUAAACAAUGAAAUUGUUGUCGUUUUCCAUAAAUUCGAUUGGGUGUCGCACAUAUUCAACAUUGAAAAGUUUCCACUCAAAGCACUGGAUUCAGCCGUCAGCUGGCUACGACACAAACAUCAAAAUAUUCAAUCCAAUUACGAGAACUGAAGUGCCAUUGAUACUCAAGCGAAAGGACACUGCCAGCUGGUACAUGUGCGGUCCAACGGUAUACGACAGCACUCACAUCGGCCACGGAAGCUGUUUCGUAAAGCAGGACAUCAUUCAGCGCAUAUUACAGAAACAUUUUCAAAUCAAUGUCAUUACAGCCAUGAACAUCACCGACGUUGACGAUAAAAUAAUCGCCCGCAGUAAGCAAACGAAUGAGGAUUGGAUGUCAUUGACGAAGCGCUACGAAGAUGAAUUCUGGAUGGACAUGAAGCGAUUGGGCGUCGAGACGCCAAACGUUUCACUACGUGUGACCGAUCAUAUGCCGGAAAUCAUUCGAUUCACUCAAACGUUGCUGGACAAACAAAUUGCUUACCGACACACCGAUGGUUCCGUGUACUUUGAUGUGUGCAAAUGUCCGACGUAUGGCAAAUUUCAAUCUCUCAACGAGCAGUCGAAACACGAGUUCAAGCGAUCGCAAUUCGAUUUUGCCGUUUGGAAGGCUGCUAAACCGAAUGAACCGUCGUGGAAUGCACCCUGGGGCAAUGGCAGACCUGGUUGGCAUGUCGAGUGUUCAGUACUAGCCAGUUUGAUAUUCGGUGAAAAUCUGGACUUUCACAGCGGCGGAAUAGAUCUCCGAUUUCCGCAUCACGAGAACGAAGAGGCUCAAUGUUGCAGUCACCACGGUAUCGGUCAAUGGGUGAAUUACUGGAUACAUACCGGACAGUUGCAUUUGGUCGGCGAAUCGGUGAAGAUGUCCAAGUCGCUGAACAAUGCCAUCACAAUUUCGGACUUUCUGACCAAACACACGGCCAAUGAAUUUCGAAUGUUGUGUCUGCUCAGCCAUUACAGGAAUCAAAUGGACUACAGUGAAUCGCAUAUGGACGCUGCGAAAAUGACCUGCAAAAGAAUCACCGAAUUUCGCAGUGACAUUGAUGCAUGUGUGAAGGGACAAAAGACGUUUUCGGAUGAUGGCAACGAACUGCACGAACAAAUGUCUGAAGCGUCGAUUCGCAUCGACGGUUUUCUGAGAGACGAUUUCACCACCAGUCGUUGCAUUGACCAGCUUAUGUUAUUGAUAAAGACGAUUAACAAGUCUAUGCAUCGGCACGAUACUACAGCCAACACUCAACCGAGUGUAUCGUCAAAUAUUGCCGAUCUGCUGGCUGUGAGAAAUUUCGUUGAUUCGAAACUGGAAAUUUUCGGUUUGAAUUUCAACGAUUCGGUCGCAGUGAGUGAUAAUAGUACAGUAAGCACUGAGCGCAUUGUAGAUGGUGUCGUGGAUGUAAGGAAUAGAAUUCGGAAUCGUGCUCUCGAAUCUAAGGACAAACAAUUGUUAAAGGAUUGUGACGAUAUUAGAGAAUGUUUCAAGUUGAACGGAAUUGCGCUGAAGGAUCACGGCAAAUUGUCGUCGUGGCAUUUUAUGAUGAGCAAAUAAAUUUUUUUGAUUUUUACGUUAGAGAA